AUGGACUUUGAUGAUGAACCCAAGCCAAAGGAGGUUGCUAAAACCCGUAGAUUCGCACCUGGCCCCGACGUCGUCAAACCGUCUAUUGAUGCUAAUAACCUCGUAAGCUCUGUGGUAAGUGAAGUCAAAUCAAAAACAAGCAUUGGAGACAGUGAUUUGUCUGAUGCUGAUGUACUAGAAGCAAUUGACAGAGGUGGCAAAGAUGCCUAUGCGUUUUGCAACAAACCAGCUACUUAUUGGGCUUUGGAUCCAAUUGAUGGCACAAGGGGGUUUCUUAAAGGAGAUGAAGCUUUAUAUGUGGUAGGAUUGGCCCUUGUUGUAGAUAAUGAAAUUGUGCUAGGAGUUAUGGGAUGUCCAAACUGGCCAGGAGAUUUAUCAGAUCAAUCCACCGGAACUCUAAUGAUCUCGCAUAUUGGCUGUGGAACGUGGACCAAGGGGUUACAAAAUAUCUCUGGCAAAGUAAGCGGUGAUUGGACAAGGUGUUUUGUUGAUUCCUGUGAUUUAGUGAACAAAGCAAGGUAUUGUAUACAAGAAAGCCAAACCUGGGAAUCAAUUCCUCUCUCUGGUUUCUUCGCUGCAAAUAUAGCUUCAUAUGACUUACAGCAUGAAGAUAUCAUUUUGGUGCCCACAUGUUGUGGAAGUUUGGGCAAGUAUAUGGUGGUAGCUUCAGGCAGAGCAUCGCUUUUCCUUCUCCGAACCAAAACUCAGCGAACAAUAAAGUCUUGGGAUCAUGCUGUUGGGAUGAUAUGUGUUCAUGAAGCCGGAGGAAAGGUAACAGAUUGGGAAGGAGAUGAAAUCAAUUUGGAGGAAGAUCAAUCUGAAAGAAGGAUCAUU